AUGAGCGAGGAGAUGCAAGCCGAGGCGAUCGAGAUUGCGAGCAAGGCACUCGAAAAGUUCAACAUCGAAAAGGACGUUGCCGCAUACAUCAAGCGCGAGUUUGACAGACGGUACCAGCCGACGUGGCAUGUUGUUGUUGGGAAGAACUAUGGGAGCUACGUUACGCAUGAGACAAAGCACUUUAUCUACUUCUACAUACGCUCGCUCGCCAUCCUCAUCUGGAAAUCAUGA